AAUCAGAAGGAUAGCAGAGCGCUCGUGCCAGUGUCUCGCCGGUAAUGUCUCAUCUGCUGACAGGACGAUUAUCAUGAGCUGAAGAAAUCUCGCUGUUAUGAUGAUUUGUGGGCAGUUGCUGGAAGGGUGAGCGGCUCUUCACGUGUGUGGUGGUGUUUUAGAUUAGUUUUAGCCUUUAGUCGUGGUUGUGACCUAGAGUACGGUCUUCUUCUUUUUUCCCUAAAAGCUUCCUGAUUGAUAGCAGCUUAGUCCCGGAACAAUGAACACUGGUAUGUUUUAACUCUGUGUUGGAAUAGCUACACAUGUGCAGCAGAUAAGCUGCGCCUCGUCUCCCGGGACAGUCGGGACCGGACAUUUUUUACAAAGACAAACACCAGAAACAGAAGAAGACGCAACAUGUUUGAAGCCUCCGGGAUCCCGCUCGUCCUGCUGGACAUUACCUGCCUUAUUCUCGUUGGACUUCCUUUUUUUAUUCUUACUCUUCAACAUAGCCCUUUCAAACGAGGCUUCUUCUGUAAUGAUGAGUCCAUCAGAUACCCCCUCAAAGAGGACACCAUAUCCUACCAGCUGCUGGGAGGAGUCAUGAUCCCCUUCACGUUGAUAGUUAUCAUCUGUGGCGAAUUCCUCUCCGUUUACUUGUCUCGCAUCAAGAACCAGUCUUUGGGGAACAAGUACAUGUCAUGUAUCUACAAAGCUGUGGGGAGCUACCUGUUUGGAGCUGCUGCCAGUCAGUCUUUGACUGAUAUAGCAAAGUACUCCAUUGGUCGUCUGCGGCCAAACUUCCUGGCUGUGUGUAAACCUGUUUGGGAACGUAUCAACUGCAAAGCAGGCGGGUACAUCGAGAACUUUACCUGCACCGGAGACAAAUUUCUGGUAGAUGAGGCCAGUUUGUCCUUCUACUCUGGCCAUUCAUCAUUCUCUAUGUACUGCAUGCUGUUCCUUGUACUAUAUAUUCAAGCCAGACUGAAGUCAAGAUGGGCAAGGCUUCUGCGUCCCACCAUCCAGUUCUUCCUGAUUUCCACUGCAGUGUAUGUGGGUCUGUCCCGGGUGUCUGACUACAAGCACCAUUGGAGUGAUGUGCUUGCUGGCCUCCUGCAAGGGGGUUCAGUGGCUGUUUUCACAGUGUUUUGUGUCUCCAACUUCUUUGAACAGCCAGUGGAACCAGUUGUAUCUCAAGAGGAAGAAGCCCCACACACCAGUUUACAAGAAAAUCCUUCCAGUGGGAACCACUAUGGGAGCACUGACUGAAUCUGAGGCCAGAAAAGACCACAAACACUGUGCAGAACCUUCAUUCCUUAUAUUUGAGGAGGUUUUUAAACACAUAUGCGAUCUGCAAGGCCUUUAUAUUUACUGCUGCCUGAUAGGAUGCAUGUCUUGUACAUGUUUCGUCUGCAUGGACCCAACGCUGUAGCCUGCAGGCUUUAGCUGCUUCCUGGAGUGGCUGGUGAACUUCAAUUAUAGACACAAAAGUUCACUACAGAAGACUGUGGUUGCAUUUAACUGAGACAUAAAAGAGGAGAAAUUUCUGUAGAGUUUUGGUCAAAUCCAACAGUUUAUUAUGGGUUAACAAACAAAACACAGGAUGUUGGGUUUGCCUCAGGAAAAAUGACUUUUUUACUGUACGAGCUUGUUGGAAAUGUGGUUAAUAGUGUGUUUUGGCCUGAUGCUGCCACCAUGAAUGAGUGAAUGAAUAAAAUUCAUUUAGCCCAGAAUAUAAUGAGCAUCUGUAUGCACACUGCAAGCAGGCUUGUAGAGGUCUGGUGGUACCUGUGAAUAUGACAACCAGGACUCAGAAAUAAUAUAUUUUACAUUAAAUUUUGCCUUAGAUUUAUGCUGCUGCCUGUUAAAUUCUUCCCUCUUAUAAUUUAAUGUAUGGAAAUACCAUUUUGUUUUUUUUAAUAGUUUUCAUAAAGUUGCUUUUUUAUCCACAGAGAAGGUCUAAGCAGGAUGGUUCUGUGAAGUACUGAUGGAAAAAUGAGAUAAAUAAAAAAAAAUAAGGCCCUUUGCUAC